CAUAGCCUCAACUCACAAACUGUUCUAUCACUGGACUCAGAACAUCGCUGUUCACUGGCACAAGGAAGACUCCCAAAACCCUACUGGAAAUAGCUAUCAGGAGCCUACAACCUUGCAGGCAAUACAUCUAUGUUUGUGCAGGUGCUGUCUUUAAAGGGAAACAGUAACACCUACUUACAAAAUGAAGAAUUAUCAUCUGCUAAACAUUGUAUCUAUACUGUGGCUGCUGAUGCAGAUGAAGCAUGGUGACUGCCUAAGUCCAAGUGACCCCAAUGUCUGCAGCUACUGGGAAAGUUUCACCACAGCAGUGAAAGAAUCUUUUGCCCACCCAUUUACUCAAGUUUCCCCUGAGUCGUGUGACAGUAUAUGGAGCUACUUUAAGACCUGUACCCGACAAAAGAUCAUGUAUCGCACUGCGUAUCGCCAUGGGGUAAAGUUGGACUACAGGAAGAGGUACCGAUGCUGCCAGGGAUAUUAUGAAAGCAAUGGCGUCUGUGUUCCAAGUUGCUCCCAGGAAUGUGUACAUGGUCGCUGCGUGGCUCCAGACCAAUGUCAGUGUGAACCAGGAUGGAGAGGCACAGGAUGUUCCAGUGCUUGUGAAGAUCAUGUCUGGGGACCUGACUGCAACAGUACCUGCCCAUGCCACAAUGGUGUGUGUAAUGCCAUCUCAGGGUCAUGCAUCUGCUCCUCGGGGUUCACAGGCUCCCUCUGCAAGAAGACAUGUGAUGAGGGUACUUAUGGGACAGGAUGUUCACUUGCAUGUCAGUGUCAAAAUGAAGCCCCAUGUAACCCUGAGACUGGAGCGUGCCUCUGCCCUAAAGGAUACACAGGGCCAUACUGUGAGAUCCAUUUUACAAAUGACAAGAUGUCUGAAUUCCAAUGUCCAUGUCAGAGUGGAGGAAUCUGUGACCAAGUAACUGGAGAGUGCCUCUGCCCACCAGGAUGGAUGGGCUCUAUAUGUUCCAUCCCUUGUCCAGAGGGCUACUUUGGACCUAACUGCAAGGAGGAAUGCCAUUGUCACAAUCAUGGUCUAUGUGACCCAAAAACUGGACAGUGCCUUUGCUCUCUGGGGUACACUGGAGACCGCUGCAGAGAAGAGUGUCCUAUCGGCAAGUAUGGGCAAGACUGCAGAGACACCUGUCACUGCAACAAUGCUGUGAGCUGCUUCCAUAUUGAUGGCUCUUGCUUUUGUGAGGCUGGCUUUUUUGGAGAAAACUGUGAGGAGCGCAUGUGCAUACCUGGGAAAUAUGGGGUGCAUUGCAACAUGCCCUGCCUGUGUGAUACUCUACAUUCACAGAGCUGCAACCCUAUAACUGGAGAGUGUACCUGCAAAGCUGGCUGGGCAGGGUUGUUCUGCAAUGAAACCUGCCCUCAGGGGCACUACGGAACCAACUGCCAAGAGCCAUGUCUAUGUCUGAAUGGAGGGAUGUGUGAUAGCGAAACAGGGAAAUGCCUCUGUGCACCUGGUUUUACAGGACCACACUGCUCUAGCUACUGCCCAGAGGAAACCUAUGGACCCAAAUGCUCUCUAAAGUGCCAAUGCAAGAACUUUCUUGCCUGCUCCCCAAUCGAUGGCACCUGUGUAUGUAAAGAAGGCUGGCAAAAAGGAGACUGUUCCAUACCAUGUCCUGAAGGAUCCUGGGGCUUCAACUGCAACAGAACUUGCCAGUGUGCAAAUGGUGCCUCCUGUAGUCCCAUCACUGGCCAGUGUUUUUGCACAUCUGGAUGGUACGGCGACAAAUGUGACCAUCCCUGUAAAAUUGGAAGCUUUGGUCCGGGAUGCAGCCAGCAAUGUGACUGUAAAAACUCAGAUGGGUGCAACCCUGUUACUGGGCAGUGCCACUGUUUACCAGGAUGGAAAGGGGUGCACUGUGAACAGAGAUGUGAAGACGGAUUUUGGGGGCGUAACUGUAAUAUGAAGUGUAUAUGUGAAAAUGGGGCAAUAUGCUCUACGAUAGAUGGGAACUGCACAUGCACGGCUGGCUUCCAAGGACCUGUCUGCGAGAGACCCUGCCCUUCUGGUCGAUAUGGCAAAAAGUGUUUGCUUAUUUGCAAGUGCGCCAAUCACUCCACCUGUAACCACAUAGACGGGUCCUGUCAAUGCUCACCUGGAUGGAAAGGCAGCGACUGCUCUGAGCCAUGUUCUCCUGGGUUCUGGGGCACUGACUGUGCCAGCACUUGCUAUUGCCAGCAUGGUGGGCUCUGCAGUCCUGCGGAUGGGAAGUGCUUGUGUCCUCCGGGAUGGACAGGAAAAACUUGUUCUGAAGUCUGCCCCCUGGGGUCAUAUGGUGAGAACUGCAUUCACACAUGUAUGUGCCAAAAUGGGGCCGAAUGUGACCAAGUAACAGGAAAAUGCUCCUGCCUCCCAGGAUAUCAUGGGGCCUUCUGUGACAUGAACUGCCCGGCAAGAACAUUUGGGUUGAAAUGUCACCAGGUCUGUGAGUGCCUUCAUAAUGCCACCUGCGAUCACGUUAGUGGGCACUGCCAAUGUGAUGCUGGGUGGUAUGGAACUCACUGUGAGAAAGCUGUCAAUGUGGAGGUACCAUUCACAAUGGUCCCAAAGAUUUCUUCAAGCUCAGAUUCUAUUGGACCUCUGAUUGGUGUAAUUGCACUUGUAAUCCUAGUGGCGGCGCUAAUUGCCUUCUUUUUGUGUUACCGACACUGGCAGAAAGAUAAAGCCAGCCGGAACCUGGCAGUGGCCUACACAACCACUACGAGGUCUGCAAGCUCAGAGUACGAAGUUCCAGAUGUCCCUACUAGCUACAUGCACUACUAUUCAAAUCCCAGCUACCACACUCUUUCACAGUGUGGUCCUAGCCUGCCGCCUGUUCCCAACACACAGGAGAGACCCAGUUCUGUUAAGAUGGCCUCUAAUGCAGGUUUCCCUAGUGUUAAACACAUAGAAAGGGAGCGAGUGGGAGUCUAUGGCCCAGACUGCAACGCUACACUGCCUGCUGACUGGAAGCACCAGAAUCAACCAGGGAAACACAAAGACUUAGGUGGAUAUCGUAUGGACAGAUGUUACAGUUACAGCAACAGUGUUGGAAUUUACUACAAUAAAGGCAAUGAUUAUGUGAAAGAUUCAGUCCUUAACACCAGCAACAGCUCAUUAAACAGUGAGAAUCCAUAUGCCACCAUCAAGGAUCUCCCUAUGCUGAUGGGCAAACCUACAGAGGGCAGCUACAUGGAAAUGAAAUCUCCAGUAUUUCGAGAAAUGUCUUACGCAGAGAUUGGGCUCUUUGAUGACCCAGACAUGUGCCAACAAGACCUGAAAGAGGAAGAAAGUCUACCAAGAGGGGCAGAAGGAGGAGUUGCUGGCAACUGUAGGAACAGUCUUCCACAAAAUCAUUAUGACUCUCCAAAAAAUAGUCACAUUCCCAGCCAUUAUGACAUGCCACCAGUACGGCACUAUCCACCGUCUCCACCGGCGAAGAGGCUGGUCAGAUAAAAAUUCCAGUGAAGACUACCUCAUACUUCAUCAAUAAUGAUGAACUACUGAUCUCAGCAAUAGUCUUCAGUUGGACUUCUAAUGGUCAGGAUGAAAGCCCUAGCUGGAAAUUCUAGGGCAUAUGUUGCUCUACAAUGGGAACAUAAGGUGUUGGCCUCAGUUUCUUAUGUGCAAAGCAAAUAUUCUGCUCAUGACUUUGGAAACUUUUGAUUCUGGGUCUGCAUAACUUCCUUCUUUCGAGCAGAAAAAUAAUGAGAAUUCUGCACAGUCUCACAAGAGGCACACUUUUCAAUUCCAUGGUAUUUUCAGGAUCCUGAGCUCGUUCUUUGAGAAAAAUGUAAAUAACUUGGCAUGUUGAUGAGCUCACUAUGAGGACAUUUACUAAAAACUGCAAACAUAGGAUGGUGUUGUGAUGAUUGCAACCACUGUGCCACUAAAUGAACAUUUACUCAUGAAAUCUGGGACCAAAUCCAUUGAAAAGGAAGCAAUAUAAUUAGAACAAUGUUUUUUGUGUGUGUUUUUAAGGAUUUACAGUGAAUUUGAUUUUACUUAUACCUUUAACAUUUACUUAAAAUGGACAAAUGUAUCAAAUGACCACUUGACUGGUUACAAAGCCACCAAUGGAAGGACCUCAUUAUGCAUCAUCUGCAGAAAUGGAAACUGUUUAUGUCAAUUUAAAGGGACAUUUCAGCCAACAUUGGAAUCCACGUGGAUGAAUUUCAGUUUUGAAUAGAAGCAUUUUUUGUAAUAUACAUGUAUUAUCAAAGAUGCUUUGAAUAAAAACUAUAGCUAUGUCAAA